AUGGCACAAGAAGGUGAGAGUUUCGUUGAGGAAACUAAUGAUCCUAGUACCGAUAACCAGUCGGUGGGAUUUUCUCCAUCCAACAAAUCCAUUUCCAUUUCCAAAUCUUCAGGCCAAGACAAACAAUCAACAAAGGACUCGAGCCCAAAAGUAAAAGCAAGAACAAACUCGCAUAGCUUAUCUUCUGCCACUGGAACUGGCAUACUUGCGUCAUUGAACAGAAAAGGAAAGCAUGCAGAGCCAUUGAUACACACAGAAGUCAGUUCCGAACGAGCAAGUAUUUCCAUGCCACCACCUCCCACAAGACCUUUGUCAAAGUCCCGAACAUCUUCAACAUAUAGCCAGCGAUCGUCAGCCGCGUUGGAAGUUUUGAAAGAAGGUAUAAAUUUAGGAGGGACAAGCUAUCAAGAUUUUGCUGUUGAGGAAACCGAAAGUGUCAAGACAAAUCCAACAAUGGCAGACGAUAAAAGUCACAAGUCAAAUCCAGCAAUUGCAGACGACAACAAGCAUGUAGUGCCUCUACCACUCCCUGAACCUACUCUUCGCCCUCGAGCAUCGGUUACAGAGAUGGAUGGGAAACGAAUUUCAGUCUCAUCAAUGUACUCUUUAACAUCGGCUAGGGCAGGCGGCGCUAUAAGCUCUGCGGCAUCUGCGACUGGUUCUGAGAAUGGAGGAAGCACAAGAGCAACUACAGCGUCAGUCUCGUCGAGUAUGGGGCCAGGAAUAUCUCAGGUAGAAACCUCAAAUAUCUCUGUUCCAACAUCUUCCGGUGGACCAAGUGCACCGAAUGGGCAUCAGCUCACCGCGAGGGAACCACCAGCUCAAGCCGCAGAGCUAGCAAAACGCAAUUCCGUUGCAAGAGGUGAGGCUCAACCACGACCUCAGCCUCCGCAAAGAUCAAGGAGUCGAGCAAAGAGACGUUUCAGUGGUAGCACCGGCGCCAGCAGCCACAGCCCUAGCAGUGAGAGAGGUCUGCAGUUGAAGAAAGAAGAUGAGAAAAAGCCAGCACCUUGGGGCGUGAUAGGAGUAUGUGCUCUAGAUAUAAAAGCACGAGCCAAGCCGAGUCGAAACAUCUUAAAUCGCCUGAUUUCGAAAGGGGAAUUUGAGGUUAUUGUCUUUGGGGAUAAAGUCAUCUUGGAUGAGGAGGUAGAAAAUUGGCCGAUCUGUGAUUUCCUAAUAUCGUUUUACUCGGACGGAUUUCCACUCGAUAAAGCCAUUGCAUAUGUGCAGGCACGAAAGCCAUUCUGUGUUAACGAUGUACCUAUGCAGAAGAUAUUGUGGGAUCGCAGGAUCUGUUUACGAGUUCUCGACAAGAUAAAUGUACCUACACCGAGGCGCGUAGAAGUAAACCGGGAUGGGGGUCCAGCCGUCUUUACACCGGAAAUGGCAAAGCAUCUGAAGGACACUACCGGUCUCACUUUAGAAGGACCCGAGGAUGGAACUGGUGGCCAAAUGGUGCCCCCCAAGAUCGUCGAGCUUAUCGACAAUGGAGACACCUUGAGUGUCGAUGGUGUCCUAUUGGCCAAGCCAUUUGUGGAAAAGCCAGUCAGUGGUGAAGAUCACAAUGUCUGCAUAUACUACCCACAAAGUCAAGGUGGAGGAGGUCGAAAGCUAUUUCGAAAGAUUGGCAACAAGAGUUCCGAACAUGUAGAGGAUCUCACUAUUCCUCGAGCUAUAUCCGAACCUGGAAGUAGCUAUCUUUAUGAGAAGUUCAUGCGUGUCGACAAUGCAGAAGAUGUGAAAGCAUAUACUGUUGGACCGACCUUUUGCCAUGCCGAAACUCGCAAAUCCCCCGUUGUUGAUGGUUUGGUUAGACGCAACACUCAUGGGAAAGAAAUUCGUUACAUCACAGCUCUCACAAAAGAAGAGUCCGCUAUGGCUACUCGAAUUGCUAAUAGCUUUGGUCAGAGGGUGUGUGGUUUCGAUCUUUUACGUGCUCAAGGAAAAAGCUACGUUAUUGAUGUCAAUGGAUGGAGUUUUGUAAAAGACAAUGACGAGUAUUAUGAGCAGUGUGCUGGUAUAUUGAAAGACAUGUUCGUUCGCGAGAAGCAGAGAAACACUGGGCAGUCACAGCCCGUUAGUGGUGUAACAUCCCCUACCGACGGAGCCAUGAGUCCUACUACUGUUCGGAAAGAUUCAGGACUGAAGGACAAUCAUCGGUCAGCCCUACAGAAUAUCCUUUCCAAAUCACCAAGUAUGUCAAACAUGCUUCAUGGGCAUCACCCUAAUCAUGGAUCACAUAGAGUUUCCGGUUCAAGUUCUCCCCAGUUUAGUACCUCGGCCGCCCCGACACCAAAAACUUCACCCCCUCUGGUCGUGGAACAAGAAGCCUCUGCAAUACCAUCAGCAGAUUUGUUACCCCCGCCUGCAGUGUCUGUUCCUAGUGAAGUACCUUCCGUCGCGUCUACAGUCCCACCCACGCCCACGCCUACCCCUGGACAAGAUCAACAAACACUACCACCGCCAGCACCCAAGCAUACGUGGAAGUUGAAAGGUAUGGUAUCUGUAAUUCGCCAUGCUGAUCGUACACCUAAGCAAAAAUACAAAUAUACAUUUCACACGAAACCUUUCAUCGAUCUUUUGAAAGGUCAUCAAGAGGAAGUGCUUUUGAUAGGUGAAGCUGCGUUGGACAGUGUUAUGCUUGCUGUUGAUACUGCAGCGCAUGAGGGCGUUGAAGACCAAGAGAAACUCAAAUCACUGAGGAAUGUUUUAGUGAAGAAAGGAGGAUGGGCAGGCACAAAGGUACAAAUCAAGCCCAUGUUCCGAAAAAGAAAAUUGGAAGAAUCUCUAAAUUCUGAGAAACCACUUCCUGCUCGGGAUGACCUUGCUGCUGUCAACCCAAGUCCUGAGCACCUGGAAUCGACAAAAUCACCAGGAAAAUCAAAGAAUGUCGCAGACCUUCAGAGAGAACCAGCCACUCGAACUGACUCGUUAUCUGACGUUACUUUGUCUCGUAUAACCGCAGCAGAGGAAAGACUUGUGCUAGAUAAGCUUCAACUCAUUGUCAAAUGGGGUGGCGAGCCUACUCACUCGGCGAGAUAUCAAGCGCAUGAGCUAGGUGAAAGCAUGCGAAACGAUCUUCAAUUGAUGAACAAGGAUAUUCUUGAUGAAGUCCAUGUAUUCAGCAGCUCAGAGCGACGUGUCACAACCAGUGCUCAAAUCUGGGCAUCUGCUUUUACGGACCAAAAGGAUUUGGCAUCCGAUUUCAUCACCGUUCGCAAAGAUUUACUUGAUGAUUCCAAUGCAGCCAAAGAUGAAAUGGACAAAGUCAAGAAGAAGCUCAAGACGUUAUUGCGGCAAGGAAUGGAAGCACCUCCUGAGUUUGCCUGGCCAGCGGACAUGCCAGAACCAUCGAUCGUACAGAAGUAUGUUGUUCAACUGAUGAAAUUUCAUCGGAGAGUUAUGCGUAACAAUUACAGCAAGCUUUAUGGAGGCACCGCUACGUCACUGAAUGCAAUCGCAAACCCUGGAGACAAGGAGACUAAAGGAGCAAGUUCAGCUAUGGGAUCGGCAAUGUCACAAGUAAACGCUACGAGCAGCAUUCAGGCUCGUUGGUGCUGUGGUGAAGAUUCUGAGCUCUUCAAGGAACGAUGGGAGAAGCUUUUUAAUGAGUUUUCCGAUGCCGAGAAAGUCGAUCCAAGCAAAAUAUCCGAGCUGUACGAUACCAUGAAGUUUGAUGCCCUCCACAAUCGUCAAUUCCUUGAAUGGGUCUUCACUCCAAGCAAAAGCAUUCUCGAGGAAGAGGAAAUAGAGCUUGCUUGGGAGAAGGACAGAUCCAAGAAUUCGGAAAAUAACAAAGAUGAGACUGUACCAGCGGAGAAGGCUGAAACCAAUAGGACACUCCAUCGACGCAUGUUCAGGAGAAAGUCGGUAUUGAAUGGAAGGCACAGUGAGGAAGAAUCGUACUUCCGACUUUUCACUGGUAGCAGCCAGACCAAGGCCAAAACUGAUGUUCGAUUGGAGAAAUUACGAGAAUUGUAUAAGCUAUCUAAGGUCUUAUUCGAUUUCAUCUGCCCACAAGAAUACGGUAUUGCUGACAGCGAGAAACUUGAGAUUGGUCUUUUGACAUCACUUCCAUUGCUGAAGGAAAUCGUCCAAGAUCUCGAAGAAAUGCAAGCCUCAGAUGACGCCAAAGCAUUUGUAUACUUCACCAAAGAAUCCCAUAUCUACACACUUCUUAACUGCAUCCUUGAAGGAGGCAUCGAGACCAGGAUAAAACGAAGUGCUAUCCCCGAACUCGACUAUCUUUCCCAGAUAUGUUUCGAGCUCUAUGAAUCCGAAAACAAGACUCCCCUCGAUGCGCAAGAUGUGGCUAAAUAUGCAUAUAGCAUUCGCAUUACAAUUAGUCCGGGUGCUCAUACUUUUGAUCCAUUGGAUGUACAGCUCGACAGUAAACAUUGUAUUAGUUGUGCGCCCAGGAGAAGUUUGACGGCUCAUGCGGAUUGGAAAUAUGUUAUUGAUACGUUGAGGGCGAAGUUUCAUCAAGUCAAACUCCCCAAGAGUUUCCUUGCGGUCAAUCUUUCAGAAUCACACACUUUUCACAAGAAAGAGGAGUUGGAACAUGCGGAAGGUCAUUUUACGAUGACGGAGGUGUCGAAUGGUGAAAAUGAGAAUAUGAAAGAACAUGGGGAGGAGACAAUUGAUGCAGAAGAUGUUGCGGGCGUGGUCAAUCAAGACAUUGUCGAUCCUGCUCCGGCUUCGGCUCUGACUCUGGCUCUCUCUGGGGAUGAUUUGGAUGCCACAAAAGCCAUGGCGAACCCGUCUGAACGGUCAAUGGAAGAUGGGAGCGAAUAG